AUGACUGAAAACAGUAAUAUUGAAGCAGCAGGGAUGUCUGUUAACACUCAACCAUCUUCUCCACUGUCAGGUGUUCGUAAGAAUCGGUCAACUGUCUGGGAUCAUUUUGAUGUGGAGAAUGCUACCGAGAAGAAGGCUAAAUGCAAAUAUUGUGGUAGCUUAAUACAAUAUGGGAAUGGAACCAGCUCAAUGGGUGGUCAUUUGAGAAGAUGCAAGCAAAAUCCUAAUAAUGAUUCAAACAAAAGAAGAAAAACAACGACCACACCGACUAUAGAUGAGCGUGGUGUUUUAAAUUCACCCAGUGCUUCCAAAUUUGACCAAGAGGAGGCUCGAAGGGCACUUGUGGAAAUGUUUAUUAGGGAAGAGCUACCAUUUCGCUUCGUUGAAAGCCCGAAAUUCCGAAAAUUUGUGCAUGCCCUACAAGCAAGAUUCAAAGUUCCUUCACGGACUACAUUAGCACGUGACAUUGGAGCCCUUUAUGCUGAAGAAAAGAUGAAGUUGCAAGAUUUUCUUUCGGCAAAUUGUGGUAGAGUAUGUCUAACCACUGACACUUGGACUUCAAUUCAAAAUUUUACUUAUAUGAGUUUGACAACACAUUUUGUUGAUUUGGAUUGGAAAUUACAUAAAAAAAUACUUAAUUUUUGUCAAGUGACAAGUCAUUCAGGAGAGGUUAUAGGAGCAACAAUUGAAUCUUGUUUAAAUAAUUGGAAUUUGAAUCGGGUCUUUAGUGUGACAGUUGAUAAUGCCUCCUCUAACGAUGUUGCAAUUAAAUAUCUGAAGCAGCGAUUGAAUUCUUGGAAUAGCAUUAUUUUGAAUGGUGAAUUUAUUCAUAUGAGGUGUUAUGCACAUAUUAUAAACUUAAUUGUAAAAGAGGGGUUGAAAGAGAUUGAUGAAUCGGUCUUGAGGAUUCGUAGUGCAGUAAAGUAUGUUAGAUCUUCUCCAUCUAGAGCUAGUAGGUUUCAAAAGUGUGUUGAAUUAGAAAAAAUCCAAUAUAAAGGCUUGCCUUGCAUGGAUGUUGAGACUAGGUGGAACUCUACCUAUCAAAUGUUAGAGGUAGCUUUGAAGCAUCGCAAAGUAUUUGAGUUGCUUGCUUUGAAAGAUAAUACCUAUAUAGGAGAGAUGAAUGGAGGAAAAGGGAGAGGUGUUCCUUCUGAUUCAGACUGGGAGUAUGCUGAGUCCAUUGUACCAUUUUUGCGAGUGUUCAGUGAUGCCACUAUACGUGUUUCUGGUACCUUAUAUGUUACCAGUGAUAUGUAUAUGAAGGAAGUAUUUGCAAUUGGAUGA